AUGUCCAGUUCCGAUAAACAUGCAGCACGUAUAAAGAAGCAAGAGCAGUCUUCCAGGAACCAGCAGCCUCCCCUUCGUGCUCACCAGGAUGAGCGAGACAAUCGAAAUCCUAGAUAUAUAGCCUCCGAACCUCUGACCAAUCCAACCGAUGUUGGUCGAUCCUUCUCCCGAGGAUUUCAAGACCAUGAAACGGCAGGUCCGUCGUCAAGGGGCAACUGCCGCUCACAUAGUCCUGGACUUGAAGUCGCGGAACGCGAAGAGCAAGAACUAGAAGGAUGGGGAGAAGACGACGAAGAAGAAGAUGAAGAUGACGAGGAGCAAGAACCAUUCCCUAUUGACGACGUUGAACAGUCAUCCCUGCGACAGACUCAAGGGUACAGACAUACAACCCUCGCUUAUCGAGCGAAACAGAAUAAGAACCUCAGCCCGAAAAAUCGACCGGCCAGCCAACCAGCACCCCAGCCAGGCGCGCAAGCGCGCUAUUCGUUUACAGUCCUGAGACGUCCUGAGUAUCAAGACUUUGUGCACAUUCCCGUACAUGAUCUCAUCAGACGCAUCAAUUUCCUGCGAAGCCAUCCGGAGAUUCUAUCAGAAGACAACGUAGCAAAGGUUCAAACUGAUUUCAUGAGGCAGGCUGUGGAAUUCUGGCGAUCGGAGGAGCAUAUGGCGUCGAUAUGCUGUUCCUAUUGUUUGGCUCUGAUACAAGUAAGCAAGAACCAGAAAGCUUCAGUCCUGGAUGAGUAUUUUCGGAGUCUGCAGAGGUCGGGCAGCAGUGACCAAAGAAAUCUUUCGACCACGAUAUAUAAGAUACAGGAUCUUGUCAAGCAGAAGGUAGCAGAGGAACAACCGUCUGAUAGUACUGCUCUGGAGGGCUUGACUGCCAGACUUGGGACGGAGGCAAACAAUGCGAACAAGCUUGGAGCUACAAACGCUAGAGCAAUCGAUCCCGCAACUUCUGACAAUCCAGCGGUUCAAAUACUCAAUCCUGCUUACAAGCAGAGGGGAGGAACCUGGUUCAAGCCUGGUAAGGUCUUUGCAAUUCUAUGGCACGAAGGAGCGGGUGAGCCUAGAAAGAAAACAACUGAUGCACUAAUGGAUCCUGGUCAACAGGAACUGCGUGACUUGAAUCCUGCUUUGAGCCAAGCUCGUUUUGGAUCAACUGUGUUCACUCACAUCCGCAGAAUGGUAGUCAUCAGAAACAGGCAUGGUUCAUGCUGGUGCGUGUCGAUUGGGACGUAUGGUGGCCGCGGUCUUCUCAAAUCCGGUCUCUCCGAGGACGACAUCAAUGCGCACGCUGUCAUCUACGACAAGGACAAAGGGCCAAAAUACUUCAAGAACGAACCAAGAUCGAACAAAAGAGAGAUCGCUGUAGUCACGGUCAAGAACGCUUCGCUUGACCCUGCCAGCCGUGUACACCUUGGAAAACCCUACAAUGUUGAAUGGAAUCUCAAAGUCAUGGACGUCGGUCAGGUCGCCCCUGAAGACCUUGAGGCCUUGAUUGGCUUUGUCAGGGAUGAAAUCUUUGGUUAA